CCUGGGGUGCGUUCAGAUCUCUCACCCAGCGAGUGUGGGUAGGGUGGACUGGGAGUGGGCGGAGUUACUGUGAGGUGAUUUCGGUGGAGUGAAGAAUCUGAACGCACCUAUGCAUUCUGGAGACUGUGUAAAGGUGCCAUUAACAAAGAAAACGUCCAUCUACAAUCACCUAACCUUAAAGAUGGAUCAUCGAGUAAUUAUAGCGUCAGUUGUGACUAUAAGUAAAAAUUUUUUACAAGAAGUAAUGGAAAGUGAUAGUGACAGUAGUGGCAGUGAUACCUCUGAUGAGGAGUUGGAUAUGCGAAUACAUAUGCAAUUGCGAGGACCUCAACGCAAACCUGUAAGAAUUGAAGGUUAUAUAGAACAUACAAUCCCACAACUUCAUCGUGAGCAGUUCAGGCAGCAUUUUCGCAUGACUCCAACAACGUACAAUCAACUCGAACAGAGAUUGGCACCAAUUUUGCAAGGAGAUGUUGGUAUGAAAUCUCACAUACCAGUCAGGAAGCAAUUACUUGCAACUCUAUGGUUAUUGGCUACACCAGAUUCCUACAGGUCUGUAGGGGAAAGAUUUGACAUGAGUAAGAGCUCACUGAAUGUCAGUUUCAUGAGGGUUGUACAAGCCUUGAAUGACAUCGCUAGAGAUGUCAUACAAUGGCCAAGAGAAGACAGAUUAGCAACAGUAAAACAAAAAUUUCAAAGGUUGUCAGUGCUACCUGACAUUAUUGGAGCUGUGGAUGGUACUCAUAUUUCUAUAAAAGAGCCGUAUGUAAAUUCUCUGUCCUAUAAGACAUAUAAGAAAAAAUAUGCUGUUAUACUUCAAGCUAUAUGUGACUCUGAGUUAGUUUUUCUGGAUUGCUUUGCUGGUUACCCAGGAUCUGUAGGUGAUAUAAGAGUAUUUAGAAAUUCUGAUCUUUGGUCAGAAGUCCAGAGGGAUAGACAAUCAUAUUUCCCUAACGAGGAAUACAUCAUUGGUGAUAAAGCUUAUCCUAUUUUACGUUGGUGUAUUUCUGCUUUUCGUGAUCGUGGUAAUCUUACAGCGGCUCAGAAAAGAUUCAACAACAUACUGUCUACAGUUAGACAAGUCAUUGAAAGAGCAUUCGCAUUGCUGAAAGGAAGAUUUCGAAGGCUGAAAUAUCUAGACAUGAAUAGAAUGGACAUGAUCCCCUUUGUGAUAAUUGCUUGCACAGUUCUUCACAACAUCUGUCUUGAAAGAUUUGAUGAAAACAUAGAAGAAUAUAUCUUAGAAGGUUGGGAAAAUGAAAACAUUGAAGAAGGCAGGGAGAAUGAAGUUUGUGUUCAAGAUCCAGUGGCAGAUGAAGAUGCUGGUUUAGCAAAAAGAAAUUAUCUAGUAACCUUAGUUUGAUAGUUAUGUAUUAUACACUAGUGGUCAUAAGUAUAACACUUCUAAUUAUAUAUUUUGUUAGUAGACAAAGUUUCUUGAUGAAGAAUAAAAUAAUGAAUCAAGGCAUAAA